AAGCGAUUUCGAUUCAUUAGGUAUUCCUUCAUCUCCCCGCCGAAGCUCACCACUCUCCUUCUUUCUACGCACAACCCCAGCUUCGAAAACAACUCCUCCUAGGCUUUCUCAAAUCUAGGAGAUUUUUGUGCUGCUGCAGCUGCCGCUGCCUGCCUUUCUUUUCUCUCUUUGGAUCGGAAUCAUAGAAGAAUGUCAUCUCGUUUCUGGACACAGGGAAACAGCGAUACAGAAGAAGAGGAGGAGAGCGAUUUCGAAGAUGGGUCCGAGACCGGUGCCGAGCCUGGAACCACUGCUACUGCUGCUGCUGCUGGGAGCAGAUAUUUACAAGGCAAUGCCAGUGACAGUGAUGACUCUGAUGGCCAGCGCCGCAUUGUCCGCUCCGCCAAGGACAAGCGGUUUCAGGAGAUGUCGGCUACUGUUGAUCAAAUUAAGAACGCCAUGAAGAUCAAUGACUGGGUCAGCCUCCUGGAGAGCUUUGACAAGAUCAACAAACAGCUUGAGAAGGUCGUCCGGGUCACGGAAUCGGACAAGGUUCCAAAUCUCUAUAUCAAAGUUCUUGUGAUGUUUGAGGAUUUCCUAGUGCAGGCACUGGCGAAUAAGGAAGCCAAGAAGAAGAUGAGCAGCAGCAAUGCCAAGGCUUUGAAUUCGAUGAAGCAGAAGCUCAAGAAGAAUAACAAACAGUUUGAGGAUCUGAUAAACAGGUAUAGAGAAAAACCUGAGAGCGAGGAUGAUGGAGAGGCUGAGGAGCAGGCAGAGGAUGACGAGGAUUCUGGUUCGGAGUUUGAAGAGGACCCCACGAAGAUUGCUACCAUGUCGAAUUCGGAGGAGAGCGAUGAGGACGGAGAUAAGGAUGGUGAAGCCGAGGGUGGUGGUGGUGGUGGCUGGGAGAAGAAGAUGAGCAAGAAAGAUAAGCUCAUGGGUAAGCAAUUCAUGAAAGACCCUAGUGAGAUAACAUGGGACACUGUUGAUAAGAAGCUCAAAGAGAUUGUCGCCGCAAGGGGUCGGAAGGGGACAGGACGGGUCGAGCGAGUCGAGCAGCUCACGUUUUUAACUAAAGUUGCCAAGACACCUGCCCAAAAGCUCGAAAUCCUAUUCAAUGUCGUCUCUGCCCAGUUUGAUGUGAACCCAAGUCUGAGUGGGCACAUGCCUAUUAAUGUCUCGAAGAAGUGCGUGCAGAACAUGUUCAUCGUGCUUGAUAUCCUUGAGCAGUACCCAAACAUUGUGGUGGACGAUUCAGUGGAGCCUGAGGAGAAAGAGACACAGAAGGGAGCUGACUAUAAAGGGAUGAUUCGUGUCUGGGGGAAUUUGGUUGCCUUUCUUGAGCGUAUGGAUGUGGAGUUCUUUAAGAGCUUACAGUGCACCGAUCCAUACACUCGUGAGUACAUUGAAAGGCUUCGGGAUGAGCCAAUGUUCUUUGUUCUCGCACAAAAUGUUCAGACUUAUUUAGAACGGAUAGGGGAUUUCAAGGGUGCUGCGAAGGUGGCCUUGAGACGUGUUGAGCUUGUGUAUUAUAAGCCUCAAGAGGUUUAUGAUGCGAUGAGGAAGCUAGUAGAGCAGGAUGGUGCAGAGGGUGGAGAAUAUGGGGAUACGGAAGCAGAUGAGGAACCACAGAUGGUUGAGGAAAUAAGAGGCCCAUCAGCGUUUGUUGUAACCCCUGAGCUUGUGCCUCGAAGGCCUACUUUUCCGGAGAAUAGCAGGACAUUGAUGGAUAUACUCAUUUCGCUAAUAUACAAGUAUGGAGAUGAGCGGACUAAAGCCCGGGCAAUGCUUUGUGAUAUAUAUCACCAUGCUAUCUCGGAUGAGUUCACAACAGCUCGUGAUUUGUUGUUGAUGAGCCACUUGCAAGAUGGUGUCCAGCACAUGGACAUUUCAACACAGAUUCUCUUCAACAGGGCAAUGGCCCAACUUGGUCUGUGUGCAUUUAGGGCCUCUCUUAUAACAGAAGCACAUGGCUGCCUUUCGGAGCUAUAUUCAGGCGGAAGGGUAAAAGAAUUGCUUGCACAAGGUGUUUCACAAAGCCGUUACCAUGAAAAGACCCCAGAGCAGGAAAAGCUGGAGAGGAGACGCCAAAUGCCAUACCACAUGCACAUAAACCUAGAGCUUCUAGAGGCUGUACAUUUGAUAUGUGCUAUGCUUUUGGAGGUCCCAAACAUGGCAGGCAACAUGCCCGAUGCCAAAUCCAAAGUAAAAAGCAAGACAUUCCGACGGUUGCUUGAGGUGAGUGAGCGGCACACUUUCACUGGCCCUCCAGAUAAUGUUCGGGACCAUGUCAUUGCUGCGACAAGGGCACUGUUUAAGGGCGACUUUCUGAAGGCUUUUGACAUAAUAAAAUCCCUCGAGGUUUGGAAGCUCCUAAGGAACCGAGAAAACGUGUUGGAGAUGUUGAAGACAAAGAUCCAGGAAGAGUCUUUGAGGACCUACCUGUUCACGUAUUCCCCAUGCUACAAUUCUGUUAGCUUGGACCAGCUUACUACCAUGUUUGACCUUUCUGAAGCUCAUGUACACAGCAUUGUGAGCAAGAUGAUGGUCCUGGAAGAGCUCCAUGCAAGCUGGGACCAGCCAACGCGAUGCAUUGUCUUCCACAAUGUCGAGCACACAAGAUUACAAGCACUUGCAUUCCAGCUGAUGGAGAAGCUUUCGGUUCUUGUCGACAGCAAUGAACGGGCAUUUGAGGCAAAGACGGGCGGUGGGUUGGAUGGGCUUCCCUCGAGGCGGAGGGAAGGUCUGGACUAUGCAAGUGCGGCAGCAAACAAAUGGCAAGAGAACUCAUCUCAAGGACGUCAUGGGGGAUAUGGAGGCCGUUCUGGAUAUGGCUCUGGUCUGGCUCUGGGAGGAUUUUCAAAAGACAGGAGCGGGCAGGGGCCACGUGGGACAGGUGGGUAUUUAGCGGGUUACCAGAGCAUGCGUUACCAAGAUGCAUACCGAAGUGUUGGAAGGACUCCUUACCCAACAGGUUUGUCUGUGAGAGGAUUGCAGAUGGAAACGUCUGCCCGCAUGGUUAGUCUCAACAAGGCCAGACGUGUUUAAAAAGAGAGUUGCAGUUUUGGUGUUUAUCUUUGGUGAUUUUCUUUUUCUGCUUCUUAUUGAAGAGUUUUGUUUUGUUUUUUUUUUUUGCAAGCUUUUGGGUUGUUCCCCCAUCGAACUUGGAAGGCUUUCAUUAGAGAUCUAGAUACCUCUUACAAGCUUUGCUUAUUCUUUUUAUUUAAACAAUCAGCAUGCAAAUUUUGAUUUGUUAUUUUCAUUA